CACCCUUCUGCAGUUGCCAUGGACACCUUCCUGGAACUCAGCAACAAAACCAAGAUGCCUGUUGUGGGCUUGGGCACCUGGAAGUCCUCCCCAGGCAAAGUCAAAGAGGCCGUGAAGGUGGCCAUUGAUACAGGAUAUCGUCACAUUGACUGUGCCUAUUUUUAUCAGAAUGAGAAUGAGGUGGGGGAAGCCAUCCAAGAGAAGAUUCAAGAGAAGGUUGUGAAGAGGGAGGACCUCUUCAUUGUCAGCAAGUUAUGGCUCACCUUCUUUGAGAAAGCCCGUGUGAAGAAAGCUUGUCAGAAGACCCUCAGUGACCUGAAACUAGACUACCUGGACAUCUAUCUUAUUCACUUUCCACAGGGAUUACAAUUUAUACCAGGUGAAAAGGACAUGUUCCCCAAAGAUGCUAACGGCAAAGUCCUUGGUGGUAAUACAACAUUUUUGGAAGCUUGGGAGGGCAUGGAAGAGCUGGUGGAUGAGGGGCUUGUCAAGGGCAUUGGAAUUUCUAACUUCAACCACUUACAAAUUGAAAGGCUCUUGAACAAACCUGGACUGAAACAUAAACCACUAACUAACCAGGUUGAGUCUCAUCCAUACCUCACACAGGAUAAAUUGAUCCACUACUGCCGCUCCAAUGGCAUCGUUAUCACAGCUUACAGCCCUCUGGGAUCUCCAGAUAGACCUUGGGCAAAACUAGAUGACCCUUCUCUGAUGGAAGAUACCAAGAUUAAGGCAAUUGCUACAAAGCAUAAAAAAUCCACAGCCCAGAUUCUGCUCCGAUUCCAAAUCCAGAGGAAUGUGGCUGUGAUCCCCAAGUCGGUGACACCAGCACGGAUCAUUGAGAACUUUAAUGUCUUUGACUUUAAGCUGAAUGAUGAGGAGAUGGCUACCAUUUCCAGUUUCAACAGAAACUGGAGGGCCUGUAGCAUAAAAAACUUGUCUCAUCUGCCUGAAUAUCCCUUCCAUGAAGAAUAUUGAAGCUCCAACUCUGGUCUGGUUAUGAAAAGCCUUCAGAUGCCCUUGCUUUGAUGCACAGUCCUACCAGGAACUAACUUUAGUCAAACAUAUCUAAACCAUAGAUUCGUAGGCAAUGUUUGCUUUAAAUUAGAGUGUUCACCUGGAAGCUGAUUAUCAUAGGGAGUAGGAACUGAAUAAGCAGCUUAUUUUUUUUUACUUUUUAUAUAAUCAUGUGCAGUUCUGCUAAUGCUGACGGUACCGAUAUAAAAAAGA